GUCGCAAAUCGGAAGCUAAACAACCACAGGUUAGGCAAAAACUUGUUUUUAUUGGGGGAAUUACCUUACUACGAAAUGAAGACUCUAGUAGGUUUUGGAAACCCCCUUUUGGACACAAUAGUAAAUCUAAACAACAACGAUUUACUUGAUAAAUAUGGACUUGAAGCGGAUGGUCAAAAAGAAGUCGAUGAAGUGGUGAUGCAAUCAAUUUUCAACGACAUUUCAUCACUUGAUAAAACACAAACAGCUGGUGGUUGCUGCCAAAACACUUUAAGGGUGUUGCAAUGGUUGCUGAACAAGGAGAAAUGCACAAGUUUUGUCUAUGGAGGGGUGGGAGACGAUAUCAACGCGAAAAUUCUCGAAAAUCUUCUAAAUCAAGACGGAGUUAAAACACGAUACACAAUCAUGACUAAAUUUGCAACAGGUUGCACAAUAGCCCUAGUAAAUGGUACCAACCGAUCCCUAGUUGCUAAUUUGGGAGCAGCCGAAAACUACACAUUAAAAAAUAUACAAUCAACAGAUUACAAAGAAAACAUUUUAAAAAGCGAUUUUGUUUACAUAGAAGGUUUUUUCUUGACCAAAAGAAACGAUGUGGCCAACUGCAUAUUCAAUUACUGUAUUUGUCAGAAUAAGUCGUUGAUUUUUAACUUGUCUGGCGAGUACUUGGUUAACUCUGAAACAGACAUCGUUUUACACUUCGCUAAGAAAGCUGAUAUUCUUUUCGGAAAUAGAAGGGAAUACAACGCCUUAUGUAAGCACUUGAAAUGCAACGAUGUAAACAGUCUACUAAAAAUACUAAAAGAAGAUCGCAAAAAUAAGAUUGUAGUAGUAACUGAUGGAUCUGAAGUUAUAACUUGCUAUCACAGUAAUAGCAGGGUGGAAUGUAUUCCGGCACAACAGUUAAAUGCGUCUGAAAUUGUUGACACUACGGGUGCUGGAGAUUCAUUUGUGGCUGGUUUUAUUGCGGGAUUAAUUUUGGAAAAGUCGCCAAUUGAUUGCUGUAAAUUGGGAUCACAAGCAGCAAGCUGUAUUAUUAAAGAAAUGGGAUGCACUUUUCCAAAAGUAAAGCCAGAUUUUUUGUAAAAUAACGUUGAUUUAAUAAAGAAUGUAUGCUUACCUCAAUUUCGUAUAACUCUGCUGAUAUAAUCAAAAUUUACCACUAGAAAUACGUACAAUCACUGAAAAUAUGCUUAAUUUGUUUUGCAGUUUAUUAACAUGUCAAAAUAUGAAUGAAAUUUGCUGUAUAGCCAACUACCAACCGAAAGAAACUAACUAUGAUAUUACAGUGUUGCCUACCCCAUCAUAGAAUUUUAAACCUGAUUUAUAGAUUCUUCCUCCCGUAAUAGAUAAACAAUACGAAAAUCGUAGUGCCAUUUAUAAAUUCCCGUACGGGCAA